GGUCGGCCCGAGCAGCUCCGGGCUCCCGCUUCAUUUAACGACCUCCAUGGACGCAGGUCCUCCGGUGUCUGCUCCUCUUUAACGGGCUGCAGCCGCUGAAGCAUCGCGGACUCGAACCUGCAACUCCCCGCUUCCUUUGCCUCGCCAUGUCUUUUGGCACAAUCACAAGAACUGGGUUCUCCGUGCGGGACAUCCUGGAUCUCCCGGACCCGACGGGAAGGUCCAGCGGCGGCUCCGGUACCGAGGAGACGGAGGAGGACGACCCGGAAGUCUCCGGCUCGGAAAACCCGCAGAAACGGGGAUUUAACGCGCGGAGCUUGUGCGGCGGAGGAGCCGGGAUCCUGGGCCGGUGGAGCCGCGGGGCCGGAAGCCUGCACUUCUCACUACACGGUCUCUCCUUCAAGCCUCGACCUGAGCCCAAAUCCCCGCAGCGGUCCGCGGACGAGUCCCCGGACCCGGAGCGGGACCCGGGGCGGGACCCGGGGGGGGCCGAGGCGCAGAAGAGCCGCGGCCGGAAGCGGCGCGUGCUGUUCUCCAAGGCGCAGACCUUCGAGCUGGAGCGUCGCUUCCGGCAGCAGCGCUACCUGUCCGCCCCGGAGAGGGAGCACCUGGCCGGGCUGAUCCGCCUCACCCCGAACCAGGUGAAGAUCUGGUUCCAGAACCACCGCUACAAGAUGAAGCGGGCCCGGGCCGAGCGCAGCCUGGAGGCGCUGCAGCUGCUGCCGGGCCGCCGGGUCGCCAUCCCGCUGCUGGUGCAGGACGGGAAGCCCUGCGACCGGAUCAGCGCGCAGGACCUGGAGGGGCCCCUCAGGUCCGGCCUCAGCCUGCCCCUGUGCGCCUACUCCCCGCUGCUGCACCCCUACGGCCCCGAGCACCCCGGCCUGCCGCAGCCGCACCCGGGGGUGCAGCAGCUGGCGCACAUGUACCACUGGAGCUGGUGAGGACUGGGACUGAGGCAGACCAGUUCAAGUGAGGAACCGCGACACACCAGAAAAUUCACUAAGUGAGAAACAUACAACUUUUAUAAAUGGAGUUUGGUCAAAUCUUAUUAUUUGUUAUAAAUCAGAAAAUGUGUAUUUUCCAGAAAGUCUGGUUUCUUUAAACGAGAUGUAAAAACACAGCUGAGGGAAAUAAAAUGUUAAAGUUAAAGCACACUUAAAAAAAUGAAGACUUAUUUCUGGUGGUUUCUGAUCUGGAUUUUCUUUCUUUAAAACUGAAAACCUGUUGAUUCUUCAUUGGUAUUUUUAAAGCUUCUUUUCCUCCAGAUGUGGAAACAUGUGAAACUGCACAGCUGCUUGUUGGACGUGCUCAGAGAGUUGAAGUGAUGACGCUCUGGAUGUUCUUGUAUCUGUUGGUCGUUGUUCUCGUUGUGUUUCUAUCACCAGGAGAUGUUUCCCUGUGUUUUAUAAAAUCUAUUUAUAAUGUUGACGUGAGGUGUUUUGUAAUAAACUGGAUAUUUAUGACGGUGAAUAAAAGUCGGAGCAGGUGUGAUUUCAUUUCAGACUUUAAUAUAUAUACUAGUUCUAAUGUGGAGUUGUUUUUAUA